CUGGUACAAAAAAUAUCAUCUCUUUCGGAGAGUCAACAAUGUUAAAAGAGGUUAGGAAUAAGAUAUAUGAUCAUUUUCAAUCCUGUCGUGACACCGUAGCUGCUGAGGAGAUUAUGUGAAUAGACACAACUGAAACAAAUUGAACCGUUCUCAGAAUCUGAGAAACCACAGUGCAAAGUCAAACUGGAGAAAAGGGACAGCGGGGAAAUCACUUCAGCCGCCAGGGCCCUCAGAAAUGUCUUCUCUGGUGGUCACAGCUCAACCCAAGAAACGUGGCCCACUAUCUGGAACCUGGACCACAGGCUUGUGUGACUGCCACAAGGAUCUGGGAGACUGCUGCUGUGCUCUGUGCUGCCUCCCAGUGUUCACCUGUCAGGUGAGCAGGGCUGGUGGAAUGUGCCCACUGCUCCCUCUGCUGGACAUUAUUGGCUGUGUGCCUCCUGCCUCUCUGGCUAUGAGAGCUACGAUCAGGGAACGAUACGGAAUCCAGGGCAGUGUGUGGAGCGACUGCUUCUUCGGUUGUUGCUGCUAUCAUCUAUCCUGGAUGCAGAUUUCUCGCGAACUCAAGAGAAGAGCCGCCUCACACGCUGACUCUUCGUCGUCGGUCAGAUACACUUCUCUCGUGUCCCUAGAGGGGGCGCACUUGGUCUAGCGACUCCGGUUCCGCAUCCUCUUCAGUUGCCAUGAACUGAAAGGCAAAAUCUGUACUGAAACUAUGGAUUGUCGUCGAGUUUUCUCUCACACCGCAAUUGCGCAUUUUGAGAUGUCUACAUGAAAUAGAGUGUGUUUGGGGAGGGGGAAUAAAAAAAUGUUUAUGCUGUGUUUUCCAACUUUUUCAUACAGUAUAUUUAGCUCAUUUUAAAUGUGUGCGUUUGUGCUGGCAGGCAGAGGUCAUGACCUCACAGGGACAUUUUGGGGGGCAGGUAGUGAAUAGUUAAUGAGGCUUCAUGAUCUAUUUGAGGAUGGAGCUGUCAUGACUGUUGGGAGACGCUGUUGUCAUUUGUCUCAAUACCACCGUGGACUAGGGCAAUGGUUGGCAACCUCAAUUGUUGAAAGAGCUAUGUUGGACCAAAAAAACAAACCAUUAUGUCUGGAGCCGCAAAAAAAAUAAAAGCCUUAUAUAAGCCUUAAAAUGAAGGCAACGCACGCUGUAUGUAUCUAUAUUAGCCGACCAUCAAAAUGACUAAGUUGGUUACGAAUACAUAAUGAGCCUUCAUGAUUAAAUGUUUAUUUUCCAGGCAGUGCAUUCUGCAGAGAAUGACACACCAUGUGACAGCUCUGUUGUACGAUGCCGCCUCAAGUUUAACUUCAUUACAAUAUCAAUGAAUUAGCAGGAGGUCAGAAUAUUCGCUGUCAACUUCAUCGAGCAAUGCACCGAACCGACGGUGGUUCAAUGCUUUUGCAAUGAUCUUGUUCACCAUCUCGAUGACAAGGUUCAUCACCGCCACACACUCCGUUGGGAAUGUUUGUGCACACAGCGCCUCUUGAUGCAAGAUGCAGUCGAAUGCAAGCAGAUUUUGAUCCAGUGCUUUCUGUCUUAAAGUCACAAACCCCCUUUUUGAUCCUCUCAUUUUGCCAUGCGCUUUGAGUUUCUGAGUUUCUCCUGGUCCACCUCCUUUGUUUUCCAGUGUGUCUGUGCCCGUUCUCUGUGGUUCUACUGCCUGCAAUCCUGUGGACUUACUGUGUUUCUUGGACUCUGGUUCUCCUCCACUGUUUUGCGCUCAUGAUGGGCGUUUUGGUUUCUGAACCGUUUGAUUUUAUUUUCCGGACUCUGUCUCCCAUUUGUGUUGAGAUUUUGUACCGCCUUGUUUUUCCUUGUGCUUCCUUCGACUGUAAUUCUGUUCUUUUUAAGUUUGCCUCCUUCUACCAUUGAACCGUAUUAAGUUCGUUUUCUUCUUAAAUUUGUAGGACUAAAGAGCCGCAUACGGCUCUAGAGCCGCAGGUUGCCGACCCCUGGACUAGGGGGUGGCGAACUGUCGGGAACUAAGAUUUCUCCUUGUCAGAGGACUGUGAUCUCUGAAAGCCUUUUUAGUUAUGUAUUGAAUAAUGAUGGGCCAGUGGGGCUUCAUGAAACGGUGUCGUUAUUUUUAGAGCCCAGUAGGUGGCGCUGUUGGUGCAAAAAUUAGGAGGAGUUUCAUUGAAUUCCUGUCCAAAUACAAAGAAUUUAGAGUGUGGAGGGCCAUCUCGUGGGCUCUGAAAAUAAAGACACUGUUUCAUGAAGCCUCAUUGGCCCAUCACUAGUAUUAAUGAUGCAUAUAAUAUUGCAGUGUCUUAAUCGGCAUGUGCGAGGAAUGAACCUAAAGUUUGGCUGGAUCCUUACCUCUUAUCUGGUCUGCUGAUCAUAAUGCUGUUAACCCACCGAGGUACAGCAGUUGUGACCAACACAAUGAAUCAAAAACAUUCAUGGAAUGUAAUAUGAUUUGACCUUAUCUUUGCAGAUGAUGUCAUGGUGGACGUCACUCAUGUUCUUCCUGGAUAAAUAAAAUUGAAAGCAAG